GCAGUCAAGCCGCAGUACAACAAUUACUUUUAUACAAUAAUAUUUAAAAUGAAGCUGUUCGUGGUAGCCGCCGUGCUGGGAGUGUGCUCUGCCGCUCGCCUAGACAACACCUACCUCCCUCCCAGAGGAGGCGCAGGCUCAGGAUUCGGAGGCAACGGGUUCAGUGGAGGUGCCGGUGCACCGGGUAGAUUUGGUAGCGCUGGCGGCUUCGGUGGAGCCGGAGGUGCAGGAGGUUUCGGAGGUGCCGGAGGUGUCUCAGGAUUCGGAGGUGCAGGGAGCUACAGCGGAGCUGGAGGUGCGGGAAGUUACAGCGGCGCUGGAGGUGCAGGAAGUUACAGCGGCGCUGGAGGUGCUGGAAACUACAACGCUGGCAGUUACAACGCCAGACAAUCCGCCGACGCUGGCGCUCAAAUUCUACGACUGAACAACGAAAUCAAUGGAGACAAUUUUGCUUACGAAUUCGAGACGUCCAACGGUAUCCGUGCUGAUGCAUCCGGAGUGGCGACCAACGGUGUCCAGUCUCAGGGCAGUUUCGCUUACAAGGGUGAUGAUGGUCAAGACUACAGCAUCACUUACACUGCUGAUGAGAACGGAUUCCAGCCCCAGGGCGCUCACCUUCCCACACCUCCCCCGAUCCCGGAGGCCAUCUUGAAAUCCCUGGAACAGAACGCCCGCGAUGAAGCUGCUGGUAUCAUUGAUGAUGGAUCUUACCGCGGUGAAGGUGCCGGCGCUGGCAGCGGUGGCUACUCAUCCGGCCCCUCUGGUCAGUACGGCGCUCCCUCCGGUGGUUUCGGAGCCGGUUCCAGAGGAUCAGGUUUCGGUGAUGGCAGUGCUGGUGCUGGUGGUUCCGGCUUCGGUGCUGGCGGUUCCGGUUUCGGUGCUGGCGGUUCCGGUUUCGGAGCUGGUGGCUCAGGAUUCGGCUCCAGGGGUACCUCCUUUGGUGCCGGCGCUACCUCUCGCCAGUACCUAACCCCUAACGCCGGUCCCAGAGGAUCAGGCAACGGAAACUUCAACUCUCAAACCGGCUACCGUUAUUAAAUAUGUAGUAAUGAUGACGAGGGAUAAUUAAUAAGGUCUGAAAUACGCUUUUAGAAUAUCUUUAAGAUGUACUACUCUUUCCUCUAAACCACCGAUACGAAGAGCAAAAUUUCUAAACGAUUGCGAUACACGAUUAGAACCUUUUGAAAUAUCGCGAAGUUUCGGAAUGAGAUGGUUUUUUUUCUUUUAGGCGUCAUAUUUCUUCGUUCUUCUCUUGUUACUCCCUCUAUCGUCAUUAUGUGUUAAACCUGCGACGAAUUAAGCUGUGAACCGAUAUUGUGCUGAUUUAUUUAAAUACUCAAUGUCUAUUUACAAAUAGAAAUUCUUCUUUAAAGUCAUACACUCUGUUGAUCUCAAAAUCACUCUUAUCCAUUAUCUAUUUUCAUUAGUAUCUUUCAACUGUUAAAAAAAAAAAAACUUAGAAAUAGUUUAUACGCGGCGUUGUAAAUGGACAGUACUAGGUAUAAGAAAAAAUGUAUAAAAAA